GAACCCCACACGUGUCUGAUCCCUGAACCACAAACUGUAUCGUAUCCUCCUCUUCCUCCUCUUCUUCCUCCUCCUCUUCUUCUUUUCACUGGUAAAUCGCCACGUUGCAAACAGGAAGUGAAAAUAACGAGCGACUCAAACAAACUGUACCGACGCGUCAAAACAAACACGUCGUCUCCAAUGGCGGUGAAAGUAAAACAACACACUUAAACUCCGCGUGACUUCUUAUUAAACGUGUUGAACAACGUUGUGUUACCAGUAUGAACACGUCAGUAUAAUGGUAACAACACAUGAGUAAGUAGAGCUAAAUAAAGUUGUGUUGUUAUUUGAACACGACAGUAUAAUGUGAACAACACACCAGGAAGUAGGAGCUGAUUAAAGUUGUGUUGCUGUUUGAACACGUCAGUAUAAUGGUAACAACACAUGAGGAAGUAUGAGCUGAAUAAAGUUGUGUUGUUGUUGCUGUUGUUGUUGUUUGUGUGAGCAGCCUGAGUGUUGAAAUGAAGGUUGGUGGGAAGAUUCUGGCGCAUUUUGAAUCGUGCAACUCACCUGUGGACAAGGAGGGGUUCCUGUUCAAGAAGGGUGAGAUAAAGACUUCCUAUUCGAAGCGCUGGUGCGUGCUGAAGGGGAACCUCCUCUUCUACAAGGACCGGGCGGCCGACUGCGACCUGAUCGGAGUGAUUGUGCUGGAGGGCUGCACCAUCCAGCUGUGUGAGUCUGAGGAGCCGUUCGCCUUCUCGCUGGUGUGGGCCGAGCCGGGCCUGCGGACGUACAAGUUCGCUGCCGAGGACCAGGCCGGCCAGGAGAGCUGGAUCAAAGCCCUGCUGUCGGCCAACCACAACUACCUGGCGCUGCUCGUCAUGGACCUGGAGAAUAAGUACAGAGAUCUUUUAGCCGAAUUACCCGGCGAAGCGACAAACCCGUUCACGAUGCCAAAUUUCAGCACAUUAGAGGCCGGAUCCUUAGCAGCCUAUCAGAGCAGACCCCCCUCAACGCCGCCCCUGUUCGCACCACCAGCCGUGGUGGCAGUCCCCGGGCUGAGCUCCGGUCCGAUGCUUCUAACUCCGACCAUUCCUGCCAAAACAACCAGUAAGAGAUCGCCCAAGCUCUGGCCGAAGAGGAACGCCAACGUGGUGCCGAUUAACGCCCCGGCUCCGCCCAUGGGGGAGUGGUCAGCGAUGUGCUUGGAGGAAUUCAGUAAACUGCAUGAAGAUUUUGGAAGAGAAGUCAAAGAACUGAUUUUUAAUUGGUCAAAACGAGGACAAGCGGGUGAAGACGUUCAGGAAGAGAACUUGAUCGAUUUUGGUUAGAUCGAUGAAUGCGAUGGGUCUAAACUUAAAUUCCAGUAACUUUGGUAACAUUGCAAAGGACCAAUGUAAAUAGGUUUUACAAAUAUGAAAAAUAUUUUUAAGAUGUAGUUUUUUUUACGAUGUGAUAGAGUCAAUAAAUGAUCUGUGACCUGA